AUGUACCGCUCUCUCGUUCUUGUCACCGCUCUGGCGGCGGAAAUUGGUUCUGCCACAGUUGGUCUAAGCUGGUCGUUUCCCGACGCUGAGCAACCGCAAAACGGUCUCAACGACGUCACCUUUCCUUUUGACUUGAGCAAGGCCCCGCACGAGGACGGCUUCUACUUUGCGCAGCAAUUCUUCUUCAACGGCGUCGAAAGCGGCGCUUACACUGGUCUACAGCCGCGGCCAGACAAUUCGAGCGGCAGCGUUAUCCAUGCUGUCUUCUCUAGCUUUAUUAAGGGCACCACCUUUAACUCGUCUCUGUGCUACGCAGGCGCCGACGGUGGCGAUGGCGUGAGCUGCGCCGUCCAGUUUACGGGCGACUAUUCCCACGAGUAUGACUGUGUCGUGGAAACUACAGAUGAAGGGUCUACUUGGCGAGGCACUGUUGUUGACGCCGUCUCUGGAGAGUCGCACGCCAUGGGUGAAUGGACUCUGCCCAAGAAAGCGGCUGGCAUACAGACACAGGGUGCUGGAUUCGUAGAAUAUUACAUUUACCCGCGUGACUCGGCUGGGAACGAAAUUUGCGAUGCAUUGCCCCUCACGGAAAUUUCCUUCUUUUCACCUUCCAGCAAUACCAGCGGCGCCAAUGAAGGAACACUCGGGCAGCCGUACGAAUACGGUGUCUGCGAGGGCAAGUCUGCUUUCUCAACUCAGCAGAUCACUGACGGGUACUGUGUCAAAACUGGCUUUCAGAUUUGA